GAUUUGCUCCCUUUUACUCCAUGCAUGUCCAAAGUUAAAAUAUCAUAUUUCACUUUUAUGUUUCUUAAUGAACAAAUCCCGCAGUAAAUGCCGCAGUACUCAACCCUAUAAAUCCCCUGCUCUUCCCUCCCAACCAUCACAACUCUUCAUCACUUCAGUAGCUUUCACUGAAUUUGCUUCCAAUAAGAAAAUGGGCCUUCUCCCAUUACUGAAAGCUUUUGUGCUUCUGCAGCUUUGGCUGCUUUUGGUGACCUGCUGCUUGAACACUGCUUAUGGCGCCAAGAAAGAUGAGGCUAAGGCUCCCGGUCCAGAAGAGCAUCGCGACAAACGCGAUCAUCAUGAAGCUCACCCUCCAUCGGAAAAAGAGCGUCCAUGCGAAGAGCACCCGCCUCGAGGCGCCCAUCCACCGGGCGAGGAAAGGCACCACUCCCACCCACCGGGGGCGGAGACGCCGCAUUCGCGUAACCCGAGGCUUGGUCAACCUCCUAAGAUUGCGUCGGCGCCCUGCUCUCGCAAGGAACAUAAGCGUGAGAAAGAGAAAGGCAAGAAUAAAGCACCGGGCUUUCCUCCGUUGAGUUCGGAUGAGUUGCCAGAGAGGAAUCCGGUGGCUGUGCAAGGCCGCGUUUACUGCAAGUCCUGCAAGAACGUAGAGGCUGAUCCCCUCUUGGGAGCUGAACCACUUGCUGGUGCUGUUGUAAAGCUGGAAUGCAGCAACGGCGAGGAGCCAUCAGUACUGCAAGAGGCUACUACCAACAAGAAUGGCUACUUCCACAUGAAGGCAUCGGAGAAGAUGACCAGCGAAGGAGCCGGUAAGUGCAAGGUGUCCCUUAUCUCGUCCCCGACCACGGCCACGUGCAGCAAGGCAACCGAUCUCAACGGCGGCCUGACCGGUGCCAUCUUGUCGGAGGAGGCAAAGCACACGGUGGCUCUCCGUGCAGCUCUGACGUCCGUUAAAGUCUACGAAGUUGGACCUUUCGCGUUCGAACCAGAGAGUUCCGGCGACUGUUCACCCUGACCAUGAUUUUGAAGCAGUGUGUAUCUUAAUUAACACUCUUCCUACUAAUUAUAACUUUCUAUAGUAGCCAUAGGUAAGGCUUUUGUUACCACUGCUCUCUCUCUCUCUCUCUCUCUCUCUCUCUCUCUCUCUCUCUCUCUCUCUCACAAGGUGAUGUACAAUAAUGUGGUACUUCGUUAUGAAUAAAAUGGUGGUCAUCGUCCAAUUUCAUUUUUA